GACUUAAUUUAUUGAACUAAUUUACUGAUUUAAUUCAUUAUGACCUUUGAAUUAACUAUAUGUUUCUUAAAACAUUGAAACUUGAUAUUGAUUGAAUGGUUUUAAUUAAGACACAUCAUUAGGUCAGCAAAUCAAGUCAAAUUUUUAAGUCCAAAUAUAAUUAGUCUAAUUGUAUUAAGUCUGUUAACGCCACAGUUUCUGACAAUAUAGGGGUCUCUUUGCAAUUUUAAUAAUGAUUAGAGGUGUACAUGUUAUCUAAUCAAAUGUUAGGGGAUGUAGGUGAAAUUUACCCUUGUUUUUUUCUUCUCUUUCCGUAGUGGGCACUUCGUCCUUCUCUCGCUUCGCCAAGCCUGUGGGAAGUUGUAAAAAGUUUAGGCAUGGCCAAGACCUCCUUCAAGUUGGAACACCCUCUCGAAAGGAGGCAGGCAGAAGCUGCUCGUAUUAGGGAGAAAUAUCCCGAUAGAAUACCUGUUAUUGUUGAAAGGGCUGAAAGGAGUGACAUGCCUGACAUUGAUAAGAAGAAAUACCUGGUUCCUGCUGAUCUGAGUGUUGGCCAGUUUGUGUAUGUGGUACGAAGGAGGAUUAAGCUGAGUCCUGAGAAGGCCAUAUUUAUAUUCGUGAAGAAUAUCCUACCACCAACAGGUGAGACUCAAUACAUAUGCUUCCAUUCUUGUUCCUAGAGCAAUUCUCAAUUGUUGUUGCCAUAGAAAUCUCAUUGAUAUUGCAGCGGCUACGAUGUCUGCAAUUUAUGAGGAAAACAAGGAUGAAGAUGGUUUUCUUUACAUUACCUACAGUGGCGAGAACAUGUUUGGGUUGGUCUAAGACCAGUCAGGCCGAAUCUGUCAGAUUUGGAAAAUGGAAAAACGUGAAAUAUCUAGAUCGGUUGUAAAUUCUCUUUUGACCUUGCUAGUUUAUUGCUCUAUUAACGUUGUCUUGUUUGGACAAAAUUCCACCAAUUGAGAUCUCAAGGCUAUUUUAUUUUUCAGUUAAUAUGCUGCAAAUAGUUUUACUUUGGAGCUUCAUAUCUUAUUGAAAUGAAGAGAGUUGAUCAUAUUGUUAUACUGUUAUUGUUCCUACGGCACAGAAGUCAAAC